ACUUCCCUCUGGCUCACAAAGAAACCCACUAAACGUUUCCACCAAGGGUACAUGAACUGGUCUAGGCAAGCGGGAACCGUGGGCGGCUCCUUUAAGGGCAGACAUCCCCCGAAUGAGAGACAGUGGAUCCUACAGUGCAGUGUGCUUCGAGCGGAUAUGGAGAAAAUGGAACGGUGCCGCCGGUAGCCUCCUGUAUCUGUCUAACUGCUCGUCGAGGAUAACGAUAUGAAGACAAGUAAUGUAUAUUAUUGGCCUUGAUUGGAGAACAACAACAACAACAACAACAACAACAACAGCAAUAACAACAAACAACAGAGCAAGGAUUGGCUCCCCGACAUCAGCGUAGCGCCAUGCAGUGAGUCGGACAUCGAGCCUCUCCCGGGCGGGUUGGCAUGGCCCAGUGAUGAACGGCGCGGUGGUGCCAGGCAGCCCGGAGUUCUCGUGCCCGCUGCCCGACUGGCGAGAGUUCUGCGAGCUCCAUGCCCGCGCCUCCGCCUCCGACUUUGCCCACAAGUUCCGCCGCUUCCUGACGGAGAACCCUUGCUACGACUCCCCAGGCGCCGACAGCAGCUUCUCGCAGCACUUCGCCAGACACUUCCUGGAGUGUUUCUCUGCUGCUCUUGCCCAGGCCAGGGACCACCAGGCCUCGCUCUCGCCAGGGGACGACGGCUCCAACGCUCCCCCCAAAUACAGCAUCGUUCCCUUCCUGGGCAUCCAGGGCUGCCCUCUGCCCUACAGACACAACGACCUCUACCAGCGGCGCAAGGACGCCGGUGCCUCUUGCGAAUCCCUGGACAGUAUGGACAGUGGAGGUUUAGGAGUAGGAGGGAUAGGGGGAGGGAGUUCCUCCUCCAUGACCACCUCCCGCGCCGCCCAGCCGGCCCACAAGCCCUCUGCUCUGGGCCAGUCUCGCAGCUCGGAGGACGUGUCAGUGGGACACCCCAAGGCCCGCUUCAAAAAGGGAUUCUCUCUGAGGAACAUGAGUCUGUGUGUGGUGGACGGGGUGAAAGAGAUCUGGCACCGCCACGCCUCCCCUGAACCAGACCCUGCGGGGGGAUCCGGGGGGGCCAGAAGGGCCAACGGAGGAGUGGGAGGAGGGGAGCCAGGCGGGGAGAGAUGGUCCCAGAGACUGCGUCUUCCCAGGGGGUCCCAGGGGCACAAGGCUGAGCUGCUGGAGAUCCAGAGAGAGGGGGCGCUGCGCUACAUGGUGGCUGAUGACACUAACUGUAUGGGGGCGGCUCAGUGGCAGAAGUGUAGGUUGCUGCUGAGGAAGACCAGGAGGGACGAGGGGGGUGACAAGUUCCUGUUGGAGUUCUACGUACCACCCAAGUCAUCAAAGCCCAAGGUGAGCAUCCCUCUGUCUGCCAUCAUGGAGGUGAGGACCACCAUGCCCCUGGAGAUGCCUGACAAAGACAACACCUUCGUCCUGAAGGUGGAAAAUGGAGGUGAAUAUAUCCUGGAGACCAUCGACUCGCUGCAAAAAAACUCCUGGGUCGCUGACAUCCAGGACUGCAUGGACCCUGGGGACAGUGGAGAUGACAUUGAGCUGGCGUCAUGUCCCCACGGCCAGGCGUCUAAAGAGUUUUCCAUGGUGGCCUCCUGCAGCUGUGAGCUUCUUUCAGAGGGUGUCCAUCACGUCUCUGAGAGAUCCUGUGGCUCAACAACAGCAGCAGCAGCAGCAGAACUGUACAGCGCCCCCUCUGUCCGCUGCAGAGAACUACCCUUCACCCAGCACCCCUCCCACGUCCCUCUGGAGCACUUCCUCCAGUCCCCAGAGGCCCGGGGGAAAAGCCCCACCACAGGGGUUCCAUGUGAGGGGGCAACCGAGACGGAGGCGGACCCCAGCCUGGCAGGCUACCCAUGGUUCCACGGGACAUUGUCACGCGUACGGGCGGCCCAACUGGUGCUGGCGGGCGGAGCUAGGAGCCACGGGCUGUUUGUGAUUCGCCAAAGCGAGACACGGCCGGGGGAGUUCGUCCUCACCUUUAACUUCCAGGGCAAAGCUAAGCAUCUGCGUCUGUCGGUGAAUGGUAACGGCCAGUGUCAUGUUCAUCAUCUGUGGUUCCACACCGUGUCAGACAUGCUCAGGCACUUCCAUGCCCACCCCAUCCCUCUGGAGUCAGGGGGUUCUGCCGACAUCACACUGCGUUCCUACGUACAAGUGCAGGGUACCCCCACAGACAGAUAUCCCGUCUCUCUCUAUUGCUCUCACACAGAUGUGACCGUGCCUCAGCUCCCCACCCCACCCAGGGACCAAGGCUGCCGGACUGACCCAGCCCAGCCAACCCUUCACCUCCCUGGGGUCUCACAGCCGGCGGCGCCCCCCUCCGACACCCCGCUCUCCUCCAGCUCCUCAUCCUCACCCACCGCCCUUCCUUCCCUCUCCCGUGGUGAGCCAGAGGACUACCAAGACACAGACGGAACACGCAGGGCCAGAGCUGUGGAGAACCAGUACUCCUUCUACUGA